GUUCGGCUGUUUACCGAUUAGACUACUUUUAUUGAACAUAUUUCAAUUAAUUUUAAUUACAAUGUAAUUGGGUUUUGGUUUUAAAGUGUUUUAAUUAUGGCUGAAUUCGAUUGGAACAAUUAUUUGGAGACAAGCAAAUCUGUUGCAGUGCCAGAAGAAUUAUUUUCUCAUGUGGAAACCAGCCUCUAUAAUGGAAUCAAACAGAACAUGCUUCUUGAGGUCUGUCACAGGAACAAUCCAGAUGUAUACUGGAUAGCAGAGAUCACGAUGGUAUGUGGUCAUGUCCUUAGGAUCAAGUUCAUUGGAGCAGAGAGUGAUUUCUGGUGUGAUAUAUCCAAUACAAAAGUUCAUCCUUUAGGAUGGUGUGGUAAAUAUGAUGAAUUGAUUGAGCCCCCUGAUGCAAUAAAUGAGAAAUAUGGAGAUAAGAUUAUUGAUAUAAUGAAAAAUGCUCUGAUGGAUGGCCAGUCUGUUUCCAUAGAGGCUUUAAAUAAUAAAGGACUAUCUCCAAUAGACAGGAUCAAAGUUGGCAUGAAGGUUGAAGUGCAGAAUCUCAUCGAUCCAUACAGAUAUUGGAUAGCCACUGUGUGCGAGAACGUCGGGGGCAGGCUGCUGGUGCGGUACGACGGCUGCGACGAGGACCUACAGCAGCUCUGGAUAUUUUUCUCUAACCCACGGCUGAGCAGCUUCGGCUACGUCACGAAUAAGGGCUCACCGUGGCAGUUCAAAUACCCCGGGAAAGUGAACAAGUUUUCGUGCAAGAACAAACUGAGCGCCCAGCUCCGACAGAGCGCCGAGGAGGCCAUCAAGGAACCCACGCCGCCUGAUCUCUUCGUGCCAAAUCAGAGCUUGGAGGCGCAUAACUUCGUAACAGGUAUGAAGUUAGAGGCCCUGUGCCCUCAGGACAUGAGGACGGUGCGACCGGCCACCGUCUCCAAGGUGUUCAACAACUUCCAUUUCCUCGUCGCUCUGGACGACCACGCCGACGACUACGAGGACGCCAACGCCGCCUGGCUGUGCGACUCCAUGCACCCCUACAUCUACCCGAUAGGCUGGGCUCAAAGACACGGCCUCGCCUUCAAGAGCCCCAAGGCGUGGAAGGAGGGGCCCUUCGACUGGGACGAGUACCUGUCCGCCACGUCAUCCGUGCCGGCCCCCGACUACUGCUUCGGAACCAAACAGCCUCUGAAGGGAAUCGAAGUGAACAUGAAGCUGGAAGCGGUGAACCCACAGAACCACGAGGAGAUCCACGUGGCCCGCGUGGACUGCGUCGCGGAGCACAUGGUGUGCGUGGAGCUGCUGCCGCUGGGCGAGAAGUACUGGUUCGCGCAGCGCAGCGACCUGCUGCUGCCGGCCGGCUGGUGCGACGCCAACAACUACGCGCUGCACAUCCCCGACGUCAGCGCCGCCAAGCAACAACCCGUCGAGGAGGUCAAACUGAACAAAGACGACAUCAAGAAUUCCGAAGAGUGGUGCGACAGAAUAUACUUUAACUACAAAUGCUACGCCGGCCCCUCUAUCAGCAGGAACAAAUUGUCGCAGUUGCCCAAGCACGUGGGUCCGGGGCCGCUGACCUUGGUGCUGAAGGAAGUCCUCAACAAGAUCAUCUCUGCGUCGUACAAGCCUGCCAAGCUCCUGAAGGACUGGGAGACCGAGGGUCCCCCCGAGGAAGGCAUGCGACUGGAGAUGCUCAGAGCUAAGUUGAAGAGCAGCACGUACCACGCCUACGUGCCCAUCGCCACGCGCCGCGCGCAGGUGCCCGCCUUCUGCCGCGCCGCCUGCGUGCGUCUGCAGGCCUGCCCCGCGCUCUUCGGCACCCACCACUACUCGCGCCCCCGCGCCGCCUGCCCGCACGCCUGCCACCAGGUCGACAAGGCCACCUUCCAUAACGGCACGGAGCGCCGCGGCCGACCCAAGGGCAGCGUCAACGGCAAGAAGAAGAAGAAGAAGGGCGCGCACGAGAAGCGAGACAAGGAGCAGCCCUCGCAGGAGCGCGAGAAGGAGCCCGGCGAGUGCUCCCCGCGGCCGGUGCGCGCCGCGCGCAAGCGGGCGUCCCCGGACAGCGACACGGAGACCAGCUCCACGUCGCGCGACAAGCGCAUCUCGGACGUGUCGGACGCCGAGGAGCCCGAGCUCAAGAAGCUCCGCGGCGCCCGGGACGCCCCCCGCCCCUUCGAGCGGGACCUCGCCCUCGAGCUGAAGCUGUCCCGCAACCCGCUGGACUGGAGCGUGGACGACGUGUACGCCUACCUGAGCAGCACGGACGACUGCAAGCCCGUCGCCGAGCGCAUGAAGCGGGAGGAGAUCGACGGCGAGGCCUUCGUCAUGCUGGACCUGCCCGUCAUCAGAGACUUCCUGCACAUGAAGAAGGAGUUCGCGCUGCAGCUCAGCAAGCACAUCGCCAUCGUGCGCUGGUACACGCACAACUUCGAGCAGAACUGCGGCUCGUGAUCUCCCUCCCGCCGCCCGUGUACUUCUAGUCCGUAAUAAACUAUGUUUUGUUGAAUA